AUGAUCCCUCUCCAUCCUCCAACUUCUUGCGGGGAUUCUGACAAACCCGAAAUGUGGAAAUGUACCUCUGCCCUGUUCUAUGGCGCUGCGAUUACUCCUGGUACUAAGCCUCCGGCUCUCAAUACUUGGACGAUGAGAAUUGUGCAAGUCCAUACGCAAAUCAAGUGGCGAAGGUUCCUUGUACUUAAGUUAACCUCUGACGAAGUGGGGCGUCCUACUGGUAUUUGUCUGGAGGAAGUUCCGUACUGUAUACCAGAGAAAACGGUUGCUAUUUGGGAAGUGGAUGAUCUCGGAUGCCAGCGGACAUCACCUCCCGAGGUCGACCCAGGCCAUAUUAUCACACGAAACUAUUGGAGCAUCUCAGCAGAUAACUCAGGAACAAGCAUGGACCUUUUACAACACUCCUCAUCCGGCAUAUUACCGCCCGUCAAUGAGGAUAUCAAGGGGAUAGAUAUGGAUACAGCUUUCAAAGUUCUGUACUCAACACAUCGCCUAUGA